GUUUCUGUUUCCAAUGGGUUUUGUGUCUUCUUCAUAAUUUCUAUUAGAGAGAGAGAGAGCAACAAAUAAAACGGAAAAAGAAAAAGAAAUGAGAGGGAGGAUCGAGAAAUUUUCCUUCUGAAAUCUGUGAAUUUCGAAUUGUUCGUUGAUCACCUGUAAAUUUUUAAUUGUACAGUAGUUGUCGUAUCUGGAUUCAAUUUGCGUUAUCUGAUCGGAAUUGGAGCAGGAUCGUGGUAAGAGAAUUGGUUGCUGGUAGGUUAUGAAGUUGAAUUGAUAUGCACAUUUGAGAGAUGGUGUUCAAGAGAAGAUUAGAUUGCGGAUCCAAUGGCUUUGAGUUCUCCAAUAUCCCGAAGGCUCCUCGUUCGUGCAGGAGGAAGAUCUUAAGCAAAAGCAUUGAUGAUGAUGAUCAGAUUUGUGCAAUUGAUUUGCUUGCUUCUCUGGCUGGAAAAUUACUGCAAGAAAGCGAAAGUUCGUCAGCUUCUACUAAUGCUUUCGAAGGGGAUGAUCUAAAUAAUUUGGGUAAAGAGAUUAAACAAGAACAAGUAGAUGAAUAUAAGCCUUUGAAAACCGAGCUUCCUGAUCGGGGAAACUCUGGCUUGAAGUCUGCUGAUGAUAUCACUAGCGAGAAGUGUCUGCUAAACAAGUUUUCGUUUUGCGAGGACUUUGGCAUUUUGGAUCGAAUUGCAGUGUCUGACUAUGAUAUGGCUCAUGAUUUGAAGCCUGUAGGGUAUCAAAACAAGAAAGAGGAUCCUGAUUUCUCUUGCAAAUUCGGGGGCAUCCUUGGAGAAAAAGGUGAUGUUUUUGUGAAUACUGGGUUUGAAGGACAAGGAGAAGCAACCAAAAGAUUGGGUGAUGGAGGUUUAACAGUAGCUGAUAUCUGUGAGCCAAAGGAUACGGCCAAACUACGUGUGCCGUUUCCUGAAUCAGUUCACUCUGAUGGUGACGUAAAAUCGCCAUCUUGCAAGGACCCGGUCCGUAACGGUUCUUUUGCUAGAUAUGGGAAUCAUACUAAGUUAGGUAGCAGAGAUGAUGACGAAAACUUUUUUAGGUGUUACAAAUUUAGCAAUAAAUUCAAUUCGUAUAGGCCUUCAACACGAAUUGGGGAUCGGAGAAUAAGAAAGCUGCUGUCAUCCAAGUAUUGGAAAGCAGUUCCCAAGUUGAAGGAUUACGAACACAAAAGAGCUGAUGGUGGCCUGAAGGCUCUGUACCGCAAAAGGAAGUCAUGUUAUGGCUACAAAGGAUGGCAGCGUGAUGCCAUUUGUAAGAGGAGAAGAUCGUCUGACAGAGGCUCGGUUGUGACUUCUGAUGGAGGGCUCAGUAGUGAAAGUGUUUCCAAUUCACCUGAGAAAGGAGGGAGCGGUCUGCUCUCCCCAGUAAAGUUCAGCAUCAAGUCCUUUAGGAUACCAGAGCUUUUUAUCGAAGUUCCAGAAAGCACGACAGUGGGCUCACUAAAGAGGACGGUGUUGGAGGCUGUGACUGCCUUACUCGACGGUGGAGUACGUGUCGGGGUACUUGUUCAAGGGAAGAAGGUUAGAGAUGACAGCAAAACUCUAUCACAGACUGGCAUCUCAUGUGAAGAAAAUAUCGGCAACCUUGGGUUCACCUUAGAGCCUGGUCCCGCUAAAGUAUCAACGCUUUUUUGCUCAGAAGAUCUUCGUCUUUCUGUGCCAUCUGACUCGACAAAUUUGUCCGAAAGGUCUGCAGCUUCUCCCGUGUUAGAUUCUGGAAAUCCUUGCCCCCUCCGAGAUGCAGAAGACAUGAUUCAUCCGGGCAAUGGUGCGGAGAAUAACCAUGAAUUAGUUCCGUAUCAGAGUGAAGCAUCAGCUGAUGAAUCCUUGUCAGAUUCAAGGGCACUGGUUCCAGUUCCAGCCGUGGAAGUCGAGGCACUGGCUAUAGUCCCAGUUAACCAGAAACCCAAGUGUACCGACUUUGCACAACGCAGAACCAGGAGACCGUUCUCUGUGGGCGAAGUUGAAGCUCUGGUACAAGCAGUUGAAGAACUCGGGACUGGCAGAUGGCGUGACGUAAAGUUACGUGCUUUCGAAAACGCAGAUCACAGAACUUACGUGGAUUUGAAGGACAAAUGGAAGACGCUGGUCCAUACCGCGAGUAUAUCUCCGCAACAACGAAGAGGAGAGCCAGUGCCACAAGAACUACUGGACAGGGUCUUGGCCGCACAUGCUUACUGGUCGAAGCACCAAGUGAAACAGCAGGGGAAACAUCAAACUGGAGUUCCGAAAACCUUGGAGAAUCCAGCAUCAGACAGGAACAGAGUUGUUGGAUCUACUGUCCAAACUGGUUCCAUGUAAAGAAGAAGAAGAAAGGUAAUGUAACUUUCAUUUGACAAAGGAACAAGGUCACAAACUGUACAAAUGAAACAACAAAAAUUCACAACCCAAUUUCUAGAAGAAAAAGACCCACCUUUAACUUUGAUUAUUGUUCAUCACCAGCAUUUUUUUUUUGCAAUUUGUAAAUGACUCCAAUGGAAAAUAAGAUGGGUCCCUUGCACAAGACUUUUGUAGUUUUAUUUUAUUUUUCUCCAUUCUUUU